UUUUAUUUUAUCUACUAUUCGGUGGUCCGCGAAACAAGUCUUUAUUCUUGUCAUUAUUCUUGUCUUGUCUUUAUUCUUGUCAUCAGAAAGAAUUUAGUAGAAGAAAUAUUUUGUAUAUACUAUAUUUCGGUCGUUUCUUCGUUUUUUUUCUUUUUCUUUUUUUUGUUUAUCUGCACGACAAAAGUUUUUGGAAUAUAUUGGCGAACACAUUGUAAUAUUGUUUUGUGUAAAGUAAAGGUCUAUAUUUUAUAUCUUACGAAAAUUUUGAUCGCGCGGAAAAAUCUUUUACGUACGUAGAUGUUUUAUCUCGAUUCUAAUGAUUUGUACACUUGGAUUAUUAACUAAACGAUUUGCACAAUACAUCAAUAGGGGGAAACCAACUAGGCAAAUUGCGAUCUAGGCAGUAGGGCUGUAAAUGGAUCUCUGGCUGCUUUCUUUCUCUGCUAACUCGAACUGAUAAAGCAUGAAACAGUAGGAAGGUUGAAGGAUCGCCGAUACGAGGUUGAAGCGGCCUGGUGUUGCGCGAGACAACAGAUCCUCCAUCAGUGAAAAUGAGCGGCUUGAUGGUUUGUUUGAUACUCCUCUCGACGGUGUCGGGGAUCCUUGGCGAUUGUCCCGACCGAGAGCCGCCGCAGUGGGGUUUUGUGUGGGAGAGAGAGCUUCGGGACGGUCCGGAGAGGCAGAUUGUGUACUCGUGCGAGCCGGGCCGUAAACUCAAAGGUCACAAGAUAGCGACUUGCACCGCCAACGGCACUUGGAACAACGCCGCCCCAACAUGCGUGCCUUAUGUAUUUCGACGUGUCCGUUGGGAUCUCUAUCUCGGCGAUCAACCAAUCGCCCCGGACAGGAGCAAGCUACAAAUCGCGAAGGAUCGUCUUAAGGCGCUAGAGACGAUAGACGAGUUAAAGAAACGUAGAAAAACGAAGAAGGGCAAGAAGAGGAAAAAGAAGAGGAAGAGGCCGGCGGAAACAAAAUCCUCAAGACUACCUACAGCAACAAGAUUAAAUGAAACCGUCGUGUCUCAACUGGAUACCAGCUGCUUCGCCAAAAAGAUCCUUGGAAAGAGCCUCGUUAAAGCCCCUUCUAUCGAGCAUGCUCACCCUGCUAAAUAUGCUAGAAGGAAGAACGUACUGUCACCGUACAAUCGAUACCUCGUUGCGAUUUACGAGUGCACGGAUGGCUACGUUUUCGUGGACUCGACGACAGACAGACUUUUUUGCAGCAAUGGCACCUGGCUUGGACGUCGUCCAAAGUGCAUGCGGGAUCAGCUGUCGACAGAUAAGGUGAAACGUUGCGACCAGGGAGCGGGAGAAUGUGAACACGUGUGCGAGGAUACGUCAAGCGGCAUAAAGUGCUCCUGCUUCGAUGGCUUUCGAGCUAAAGGACCGUCCUGUAUCGAUAUUGACGAGUGUGCAGAAGGCAUCGCAAAAUGCACGGAUAUUUGCCGCAACGAGCCUGGGACUUAUUCCUGCGAGUGCCGUCGUGGUUUUCAGCUGGGAACCGAUGGUCGCUCUUGCCAAGACAUCAAUGAAUGCCUCUCGAACAACGGGCACGGGCCUUGUCAAGGCACUUGUCGCAAUCUCGAGGGUAGCUACGAGUGCAAUUGCGCCGAUAUCCCUGGGUACAAAUUAGCCGCUGAUAAUCACACUUGCGAGGACAUCGACGAGUGUUCGAUGAACAAUGCGAAUUGUUCUCAUCUGUGCUUGAACACGCCUGGAAGCGUCUUUUGCCUCUGUCCAGAUGGCUUUUACCUGACGGACGAUUGGAAGACCUGUCAAGAUAUUAAUGAAUGUGAAGCGACACCGAAGAUUUGUGCGGAGAAUAUCGAAUGCGAGAACACGAUAGGAUCAUAUAAGUGCACAAAUAGGAUACAUCCGCACGUGGUAACGAAAAUCCUUCGAGAAGAGGAUUACGAUGUUGAAGAUGAAGACGCUGAUGACGAAGAUGGUGACAUUGAUGACGGGGAUUACAGAGACGAAAUUACCGAAAUUCCACAAAGUCCAAAGUGCGAGAAUGGCUUCAAGAGAAACGAAAAUCUAGAGUGUGUUGAUAUAAACGAGUGCGUCGAGAGUGAAUCUCACGGCUGCCAGCACGAGUGCAUAAACGAGCCGGGCGGUUAUCGUUGCGCCUGUCGAGCCGGUUACCAGCUCGAGAAGGACGGUACGACGUGCAGGGACGUGGAUGAGUGUGACAUAUCAUCCGGACUUUGCUCGCACAUUUGCCGUAACACCGUCGGCGCGUACGCAUGCGAGUGUCCUUCGGGGUUCGUCCUGAUAGACGACAAUGCGACCUGUGUCGAGGAGGUCGGCAGCUGCGCCACUCUGACGGAUUCCUCCUGUUCUCAUACCUGCGAGGACACCGUGGAAGGACCACGAUGCGUCUGUCCGGCCGGAUACGAGCUGCCGGAUAACGACAAUACGACCUGCAUAGACGUCGACGAGUGCGCCCGGGAUGCCCCGUGUUCGCACUCGUGCGUCAACCUGAACGGCGGCUUCGUCUGCACGUGUCCGGACGGCCUGGAGAUCCUCCUGGAGCACGCGAGUAAAUUUAAUUGCAUCGAUAUAGACGAGUGUAGUAAAGGGAGUCACGAUUGCCAACAUCGAUGCGUGAAUCUGCACGGUGGUUACGAGUGUGGCUGUCACUCGGGAUACUCCUUGGAUACCGACGGCAAGUCCUGCGUCGACGUGGACGAGUGCGCGGAAAAUCGACACGACUGCUCGCACAUAUGCAAGAAUUAUCCCGGGGGAUACGAAUGCAUCUGCUCGGAGGGAUAUCGCAUCCUGCGGGAUACGCGCACGUGCGUCGAUGUGGACGAGUGCGCGGAAGGAACGCACGGAUGCUCGCACGAAUGCUACAAUGAGGGGGGUUCUUACAGGUGUGGAUGUCCCAGUGACAUGUCCCUGGAUGACGUCGGCAGGAACUGCGUUCUCUCCGACGCGUGUGAAAUCGCGAAUUGCAGUCACGCUUGCGAGAAGGAUCGGGACACGUACCGGUGCGUUUGUCGAGAAGGAUAUAUUUUGCAGGAGGACGGAGGAAGUUGCCUGGACAUGGACGAGUGUCUCGAAGAGGAGCACGAUUGUUCGCACGAGUGCGUCAAUACCCUCGGAAGUUAUAGAUGCGCUUGUCCGCGGAACAUGAAACUUCUCGAGGACGGCUUCACCUGCGCUGAUCCGAUAUGUCCUCGAGGACUUCGACAGGACGAUCGCGGCGGGUGCCAGGACGUCGACGAGUGUCUCGAGGGCGAGCACGAGUGCUCGCAUUUGUGCCACAACGCGUACGGCUCUUAUCGUUGCGCGUGUCCUUCCAACUGGUCCUUGGAGGACGACGGUUUCACUUGCGCGAGGAGUGAUCCUUGCGUCAAUUCCCCGUGCUCGCAUUCGUGCGUUCCGUUAAAUUCGGAUUACAGAUGCGAGUGCCCUUCGGGUUACUCUUUGGAUGACGGUGACACGCUUUGCAAGGACAUUAAUGAAUGCGAAGACGAAAAGACAAACGAUUGCAGUCACGAGUGCAGUAAUCAUGAGGGCUCUUAUUCAUGCUCCUGUCCGGCAGGAUUGGAGCUUGGAGAGGAUAAUCGCACAUGCAUAGCUGUCCGGGACGAAUGCGAAAAGUCCCGAGGGAAUAAUAAUUGUACCUGUCUCGUGGGAUAUAUCUAUUCGCAAGAAGAACAUACUUGCAAGGACUUGGACGAAUGUCAAGAUGAAAAUCACAAUUGUUCCCACGAUUGCAUUAACACCGACGGCUCUUAUUAUUGCGAUUGUCCUUCCGGUUGGCGUCUGCAGGAGAAUGUUAGGACUUGCGAGAGGCUGCUGGAUGAUCCUUGCGCUAAGAAUCAUGGUUGCUCACAUACGUGCGAGCAGGACAAUGGCUCGGUUCGUUGUGGUUGCCCGGAAGGAUACGAGCUGCAGGAUGACGAGAAAACUUGUCAGGAUGUGGACGAAUGUUCUGAAGAAUCUCUUCACGCGUGCAGUCACGAUUGCGUGAAUGUCGAAGGCUCUUACCAUUGCCAGUGUCCUCUGGGAUUUCAGUUGGAUGACGAUGGUAGAAUCUGUCAGGACAUUGACGAGUGUACGUUCGAGAAGGUCGAUUGCUCUCACGGAUGCUUAAACACGAACGGCGCUUUUAAUUGCACCUGUCCCGAAGGAUACGAGUUGCAAGACGAUGGUGGGACUUGCGAGGAUAUUGACGAGUGUGUUACUCCGCAUAACCCUUGCUCUCACAUUUGCAUAAACAAGAAUGGUACGUACGAGUGUGAGUGUCCUAUGGGAUAUCGAAUAGGCGAAGAUGGCGGAACUUGCAAGGACGUCAACGAGUGCAUUCGGGAUAAUGGAGGAUGUUCGCAUCUUUGUGCGAACACGGAAGGCGGCGUCGAGUGUGCAUGUCCCGAGAAUUACGAGUUGCUGAAGGACGACAACAAGACAUGCGUGGAGAUAAACGCGUGUUCCAUCAAUAACGGGGAAUGCUCGCAUUUUUGUCAUUACGAGGACGGUCAGAUAUCCUGCUCCUGUCCGCCUGGAAUGAUCCUUUCGUCCGAGGACGAAGCAGUGUGCGUAUACGAGAACGAGUGUUUGCAGGACAACGGUGGUUGUUCUCAUUUGUGUUACCACGAGGACGGGAACGUGACCUGUGCCUGUCCAUCUGGUAUGAUCCUGGCGGAGGAUCAAAGGCUUUGCGUACAAGAAGACGGAUGUGCGAUCAAUAAUGGCGGCUGUUCUCAUUUCUGCCAUGAUCAUGACGCUAACGUGACGUGUUCGUGUCCCGUGGGUAUGUCCUUGAUGCAGGACAACGACACUCUUUGCGUCCGCGAGAACGAGUGUCUCGUCGGUAACGGUGGAUGCUCGGAUAUUUGCGUCUUUGCAAAUGAUUCGAUCGCUUGCGAAUGUCCCGAGGGUUAUCGUCUAUCGUUGCGGGACAACGCUACCUGCGUGGAUAUCGACGAGUGCCUGGAGCUACGGGACAAUUGCACUCAUCGAUGCCUGAACACCCCUGGCGGUUUCAAUUGCAGUUGCAACGAUGGCUUUCUGCGGAAUUCUCAGGAUCCGACCCUAUGCGAUGACAUUGACGAAUGCGAAAGCGAGAACGCGGGAUGCUCGCAUUCUUGUGUGAACCUGGUAGGUGCCUUUAAAUGCCAAUGUCCAACGGGAUACAUCGUGGAGCGAGAUAACAAGACUUGCGCUCUGGUGGACGGUUGCGAAAGGGAUAACGGGAAUUGUUCCCACUUCUGUCAUCAAGUGGAAGAUCCUGAUGGGGUCCCGAGCCUUCGUUGCUCCUGCCCGCUCGGUUUCCGCCUGAUGCGCGAUCUUAGGACCUGCGAGGACAUCAACGAGUGCGAGGAAUUGGAAAACGAUGUAGACUCCGGUUGCUCGCACAUUUGCGUGAACACCGAGGGCGGAUAUCGCUGCGAAUGCCCGCCUGGUUACAUCCUUAUGCCGGAUAACCGGAGGGCCUGCGUAGAUGUGGACGAAUGCUCGACUAAUCUUCAUAAUUGCUCUCACGAUUGCGUGAACUUGCUGGGUGGCUAUGAGUGCGCUUGUCACCAAGGACAUUAUCUGCACACCGACAAUUUUACAUGCCUAGACGUCGACGAGUGUGACGAGCGGAACGGCGAGUGCUCGCACAAUUGCACCAACACCAUUGGUGGUCAUUUUUGUUCUUGUCCGACCGGCUACGAGUUGUCGCAGGACGAGAGGAUCUGUACCGAUAUCGACGAGUGCGCGAACAACAACGGCGAUUGUGAUCGUGUAUGUGUUAACACCGUGGGAUCUUUCCGCUGCGAGUGCCCGCUGGAUCAUGAAUCGUGGAAUGGUUCUUGUCGACCGUUCGAUCCUUGCCGAGACCAUAAUGGCGGCUGCGAGCAGAUCUGCGUCGCGACGAAUGGUACCGCGGUAUGCACGUGCGAAGAUGGCUUUCAGAAAGACGAGAUCGAUGAUUUCGCAUGUCGCGAUAUUGACGAAUGCGAGGGCCAGCACGACUGCGAUCAAAUUUGCGUAAACAAUCCCGGCUCGUACGAAUGCAGAUGUAAGGAGGGAUUCCAAAUGAUAAAUUCUACUUGCGCAGAUGUCGACGAAUGCGCAGCCGAUAUUUGCAAGGGCAACAAAUGUACCAACGUGCCGGGUGGCUAUCGUUGCGAGUGCGAGGCGGGAUAUCGAUUCCACGGUGAUACCUGUGUAGGUUCGUGUGGCGGAAACGUGUGCUCUCGAAGAAAAAAAAAGACUCAAUGUCAAGACGUGAACGAGUGUCUGAUCCGGAAUGGCGGUUGUACCGGUGAGUGCAUCAACACCGCCGGAAGUUACUAUUGCACCUGCAGCGGGGAUUCGGUGUUGGCGCCUGACGAGAGAACUUGCGUUUCGUCGACGUCUACGACGUGUCAUGCCAUGGAGCCUCCUCUGCAUGGAGAGUACUCGGGAAUUGCUCGCCGGCGGAGUUUCUUAUCACGUUACGGCAUGGGAAAUUGGGCGAUCGGUAUCGAGAGUUUAACUAUCGACUUUAUCGUCGUAGAUACGCCACGACCGUUCGUGAGCUGCCCCCAGGACAUGGAUGUCGAACUACCAGCUAGGCAAAACACGAUACGUGUAACUUUCCCGCAACCAAAGUCUAACAUGAAUUGGUGGAGAUACGUACAUGCUUCACCUCCAUGGGCAAAGCAAUUGCAAGCGGAUCUGCCGGCGGGCACGACAGUCGUUACCUUCACGGCAUGGUCGCCGGUCUCUAAUUACACCAGCACCUGUAGGAUCGUGAUAAGAGUCCGCGACACGGAAAAUCCCAAGGUUACAAUGUGUCCCGUGUCUUUCGAGGUCAGGCUGAGCCCGGGAGAACGGAACCGUUUGAUAUUCUGGCAGGAACCGACCUUCACCGAUAACGUCGGCGUGGAGCACGUUUACAAAACGAGGGGACCUGGACACGUGAUGUAUCCCGGCGUUCACAAUGUGCGCUACGUCGCCUCGGAUGCAGCCGGAAAUCGAGCCGAAUGCCAUUUCUCGAUACACGUGAGAGAAUCCGAGAACGGUCACAGCUCUGAGCCGAGAUUCUACAGAAGAAGGAUGUUGAUGUGCCCCGGCAGACCACCCCAGCCCUUGCCGGCGAGCUCCUCUUACGGGUGGCAAAUACCGAGCGGUUGUUACUUAAGAUACACCAGAAUCUUCUCGGGGGCUUAUCAGCGACAUCCGGAACAUCGGCACAACGGUUACCGAGGCAUUGAGGCUCCUUAUCGCCAACUUCCACCUAUUCGACAGACUCCGAAUCCUCCAGACAUCGCCAGGGCAUACAAUACCGACGAUUAUCGACGCCCGAGCCGACAACAAUACCCUCUUUGGCGGGCGCGAGAGCGGCAGCUGCCGCUGCGGCAAUAUCAGCAACACGUCACGAGGACUGAUCACGUAGUUUCGCCACCGACUCAUUACGGCGCGGGCCGCGUCGAGACUAGGAUAUUGCCGCCGCGGCACGAAUGUUGCGUGUAAGGGCUCGAAAACAACAUGUAACGGGCGAACGUUGUAAGCUAACUGGCUGGUUAACCGCCAAGUCCCCCCGAGGAAAAAAAAAAACUGUAACGCGUAAAUCGGCGCUACGAGCAUCUGCGCGUACCCACAAACUGGUAUGAAGAGCGAUCGCUGUAAUUAACUUCGCCGGAAAGCCGUGGCCGGUGGGAAAAUGGUGGGAAUACGGUGUUUCGUAUGGUUUCUGUUUUCUACAUACGUAUACUCGCGCACGAUAUUAUUUCCUCGUUUCGCGAACGACGAAAUAAUAUCCAUCCGUCGAAUAUUUUUUUCACAAGGGGGAAUAUUUUCUUAGAUAAGAGAGAUAAAUGUUGUUCCAUGAAAAGGAUGCCGUAAUCGUAGUAUAUACGUGCUUGCCGCGAUUUCCUAAAAAUUUCACGAAAUUUCUUAAAAUACUUUGGAGCCACUCACGCUUUCAUGGACGUUACGUUAGUAGCGUAGCCAAGUAGGUCAGCAAUGAAAUAAAACUGCCAUCGUCGGUUAUGCCUUUUAAGAAUAGAAAGAUAUAAAAUAAGAGGAAUCCGCGCGAACCGACGCGGCGCGUGCACGAUUUUUUAAUAGAGGAUGUCAAUAAAAUUAUGUAAUUUUGGUGCACAACAGCAGUAACAAUAUAUAUGUUUACGAUCGACUAGCACCGAGUCGCGACGGUUCGCACAGAUCGUUUAACGAUUUUUGUAAUAUACAUACGUACAUGUGUAUGUAUACACGUAUAUUUAUAUAAUACAUAAAUUUUAUACAUCUAUAUUAAUAUGUUGUACGAUGACAAUCGAUCGUUAUCGUAACAAUGAUAUGCGAGUGACGAUAGAGGAAUAUUAAUAAAUAAUAAACGAAAUA